AUGCUUUCAAAUUCGACUAUAACACCAACAAUAAAUCGAGCGACUAAUUCAACAUCAACAUGGUCUCAUCCAGCGCCGCCAAUGCUCUACCAUCCACAUCCGCUUAGUUAUGAAGGACAAGGUCGUGUAAAUCAAUUGGGUGGUGUAUUUAUCAAUGGUCGUCCAUUGCCCAAUCAUCUUCGUAUGAAGAUUAUUGACAUGGCUGCACAAGGUAUUCGACCUUGUGUCAUUAGUCGACAGUUACGUGUUUCUCAUGGAUGUGUUUCGAAAAUCUUAGCACGUUAUGCUGAAACAGGUUCGAUAAAACCAGGCUCAAUCGGUGGCUCGAAAGCAAGAGUUGUAACUGCUGAUAUUGAACAGAAAAUUGAUGAAUAUAAAAAUGCAUAUCCACAUGGACCAAUGUUUGUUUGGGAAAUACGAGAAAGAUUAUUACGUGAUGGAGUUUGUAAACCAACAUCAUUACCCAGUUUAAGUGCAUUAACACGAAUGUUACGCGAUGCUGGUAGUAAUGUUGACGGAAAUAAUCUAACAGAUGAACAAUCAUCGUCAAAUAUAACCGAUCAAAAUGAAAAUUCAAUAGAGGAUAAAAUAGAUAGUGCUCGUAGUGGUAGCACAGACAAGACUACUAGUAAUACAACAAAAGGUCGUCGAUAUCGAACAAGUUUUAGUCAAGACCAAAUUGAACAAUUAGAACAGGUUUUUCAACGAACACACUAUCCUGAUGUACAAGCACGAGAGGAUUUAUCAAGACGAACAGGUCUUAGUGAAGCUCGAGUACAGGUAUGGUUUUCUAAUCGUCGUGCUCGUUGGCGAAAAAUUGCCUCUGCUCAUCAUCAAAAUCAACAACAACAGCAACAACAACAAAUUUCACAUAUUCCAACAACUCCUAGUCCAUUAAUGUUUUCGACUGGGGCUACUGCUACAAGUAGUGCUAAUAUUUCAGGACAAGCAACUUCAUCCUCUCGUCUUCAUUUUACUCCUUUUUGUUUUCCAGCAAUUGAUACACAGACCUCAGUCACUGGUCCGUUUUCCUCCUCAUCAUCAUCAUCAUUAGGUUUCCAUGUGCCAAAUGAAUGUAGUAGUAGUGCAGCCAAUACUUUAUUUCAUAAUCAACAACAACAACAGCAGCAGCAACAAUCUUUUUAUGCCCGGUAUACUAAUGAUUAUGAACAAAUUUAUCGAUCAGCAGGAAACUUUCCUUAUUCAUCUACAAAUCCGAACAAUAUUAUGAUGCAUGGACAAGUACUUCCACCGCCACCUCCAUCAACAGCUGCACCUUCAUCAUCAUCAUCAUUUUAUACGCCGAACAUAUUUGAUGUUCAUAAUGUCUAUAUGUAA